AUGGCCACCUCAAAUCGACCCCGGGAUCAACUACGACACUAUCAACAAACCGGCGACACUCCCCAGUCCCACCACCAAUCCGCCUGGGACCGAUUCUACCGCUCAAAACUUUCCAACAUCAUGUUCGCAAAGGCCUUCACCCGUCGUCUAGGCAACGAAUCCAGAAUGUUUGUCAAUUGCGCAAACUCCGUGUAUGAUUCUACAGAGGGCACUCGACCGGUCAAUGGUGGUGGUGUGUUGGACGGAUUGAAGGAGUGGCUCAUAGAAAGGUCGCCUUUCCGGCCGAGAGAAUCGUUGACGCCGCUGUAUCUGGCGAUCAGCCCAGAGGUGGAGAACAAGAUGAUCACGGGGCGACACUUUGGACCUAUUUCUACUGAGCUUGGUCCUUCAAACUACGCGAGAGAUGAAAAAUUGCAUGAUGAACUAUGGGCCUGCAGCGAGAAUUUGACCAACGAGAAGCUGAAGACAUGA